AUGGCCGUCCCGCUCUUAUCGUUAUGCUCACGCGGGGCCUUUGUCUUGCUCUUCAAUGACCGUUCUAUCCGCUACUCGAAACCUUUCUAUAUGAGAAUAUGAGGACGGCCGUCCUCUUUGGCCGCUUCAUUGUGUGUCGUGGUAGAGGCCCGCCGCUACUAUCCCGCUUCUCCCCUCUAUCUCGACCGCGCUUCGGUCGUCAGCCAAUAUGGUCGCGACAAUCCGGGUCGAGACGGUCAGGAAAUAUCCCUGGGUGUCGCACGGUACUCCUUGCUGCGCUGGCCCCGGGGGCCUUUUUGAAGCUUGCCGAGGAAGGCGACGGGGAACGCGGCAAGACAAGUGAGAUGCAGAUGCUAGAAGUCUCGCGCCGAGAGAUCCAGAAGAAAGUCGACGACGAAGCAAGGGGCUUGUCGAGGCUCUGGCAAACAUUGGUACUUUACGGGUAUCGCUUCGUAUAUGAUCCGAUAGCUACCGGUUUUCGCUUUGUCCACCUGCUCAUCAUUUUCCUGCCUGUCGUGUUCACGGCACCCAUCUUAUGCCUUGGAGGAAAUGGGAAGAAUCGGGAAGCGGUGUUGUCGUCGGGGACCAUUUGGUGGUACAAGUUUCUAGUGCGGUCCAUGGAACGUGCAGGCCCAGCGUUCAUCAAGCUCGGACAAUGGGCAGCAUCACGUACCGACAUCUUUCCUCCCGACCUGUGCGACAUCAUGUCUUCUCUCCACUCGAAUGCGCCUGCGCACUCGUUACGCCAGACCAAGAAGAUCAUCAGCAAGGCUUUUAACAACCUGCCCUUCGAAGAUAUUUUUGACGAAUUUUAUGAGGAGCCUUUAGGGGUAGGUGCCAUCGCCCAGGUCUACAAAGCAAAAUUGAAGCCCAACCUUGCGGGAACAGACGAUGGUGCUUUCGACGGUCAACCGUCCGGUUUACGGGGGAAGGUUCGGAAGAAUGUCGAGGCAUUGGUCAAGAGCAGCCCCCAGCGAGUUCCGUCGUCAUACGUAGCCGUCAAAGUGCUGCAUCCGAAGGUGGAGCGCAUGAUCCAUAGGGACUUGAAGAUUAUGUCCUUCUUUGCCUCCCUGAUCAAUGCCAUCCCUACAAUGCACUGGUUGUCUUUGCCGGACGAAGUCAACCAAUUUGGAGAGAUGAUGAAGCUGCAGCUGGAUUUGAGGAUCGAAGCAGCAAACCUGGUCAUGUUCCGGGAGAAAUUUAGGACCCGGACUACAGCCUGGUUUCCUUACCCGUACAUAGACUAUUCGACCCGGGAGGUGCUCGUGGAAGAGUUCGCCCAAGGGAUCCCCCUUUCGACCUUCCUUGACGUCGGCGGAGGGGUUUACCAACGAGAAAUUGCGAAUGAGGGCCUGGAUGCCUUCCUUCACAUGCUAUUGAUUGACAACUUUGUCCACGCUGAUUUACACCCAGGAAACAUCAUGGUGCGAUUCUAUCAGCCAAAUGAAUUGGACCUGUCCCUCCGCAACAAAAGCCGUGCAUCAGAUGCACCAACUACAGCCGAGGUUGAUGUCACAGAGUCGGUGCUUGCUCGGCUGCGACCGCAUGCCGGUAACCGGCGCGAUUGGGAGUCGGUACUUGAUGAAUUGAAUGCAGAAGGAUAUCGACCCCAAUUGGUCUUUAUUGAUACCGGACUCGUGACUCAAUUAAACGACCUCAACCGCAGAAACUUCAUCGAUUUGUUUCGCGCGAUUGCCGAGUUCGAUGGAUACCGAGCGGGUGAGCUUAUGGUCGAGCGCUGCCGCCAGCCGGAAGCUGUGAUUGACCCUCAUUACUUUGCAUUGAGAAUGGAGCAUCUGGUUUUGAAUGUCAAGUCGCGGACAUUCGCACUGGGCAGCGUCAAAAUCGGCGACGUUUUGAGUGAGGUGCUGUCCAUGGUCCGAAGUCAUCAUGUUCGAAUGGAAGGGGAUUUCGUCAAUGUCGUCAUCUCCUGUCUUCUUCUCGAAGGUAUUGGCCGGAACCUGGACCCGGACCUCGAUCUAUUCAAAAGUGCCCUGCCGAUACUGCGAAAAUUAGGUUCCAAUGUCACAUCCCUGAAAUCAGUCCGGUCCGGGGAUGUGUCUAUGCUCCGUAUUUGGGUAGGACUUGAAGCGCGUGAACUGCUCCAGAGCAGCAUCGACAGCGUUGAACAGUGCGUCAAAUAUGACUUGCUGUCCCCUAACAUCUGAAGACAAAUCGGAUCAGAAGGUGAACAGCAAGAUCUCGGCACUGAUGUAGAGAAAUCACGUAAUCUCAUUUGAUGCUUAGAACAUGGAUAGAAUAUGAACCACGAUGAAUACAAAUCGCGAUGCAACCACCGCAUCAACAUAAUCACAAUG